CUAUUCUCUUGCCAAAGAGCCCGUAAAACAGCCCGGUGACUCGUGGAAUUUAGGGCACUUCAGCGGCGGGCGAUAGCUGCGACUCCUGGACGCAACGAGCGAACGGCAAGUCCCUCCUUUUCAUUGAUCCCUCGAUUCCGUCGCCGGAUUUGAUAUCAUCCGAUCUCGUAUCAUCGGCGCUGUAUCUCCUCGCGAAGUAGCUAGAUCUGGCGUUCUUGCGACGGGGUUUUUUUUGUCCGGUCUCUUGAUCUUGAGUUCUAGAUUGCGACGUUUAAACCCUAGAACAUCAACUUCUCAACAUUGCACCUCUUCUAAAGAAUUCAAAGACAAAUAUUUUAUGCAAAUGCCUUCGUUUUGCCCUUCUAGUCCUCAGCACCCAUAUCAUAACUCUCCUUCAUUGAUGGAUAUGGUGGCAUGCAGUGAGUUUUGUGAAGAAAUUGGUUUAUUACGUGGCUAUUGCACCAAUAAGGAGUUCUAUUCUUUAGGAACAUAUUCAGAUGAAUAUAGCCAUAAAUUCAUUAUGAGGAAAAGGCUCAACUCGUCAGCUCCUGAAUUAACUCAAUCUGAAGCCAGUUCAUGUAUGGAAGUUGAUGGCGAUAUUGAUUUUCAUGGGAACUCUGAAUAUAGCUCUUCACAUUGGUUCUCAGAUGGGCAUGGUGGUUCCUCAUGUAGCAGCUAUCUACCUGAGAAGUUCGGCUCAUCUGUUGCAAUGGACGGGGGCUCGUUGUCCGCAAAUAAUAGUAGUGACAUUUCCUGGCCUUAUGGCGGGGGCGCGAUGGCAGGUCAUGAUAACAAUCAUGGUGGAUAUUCUCAACAGGCCUAUGUGAGUGGCUGGAUGUAUGUGAAUGAAACUGGGCAACUUUGUGGCCCUUAUAGUGAACGACAGCUGGAUGAGGGGUUAUCUACAGGAUUCCUGCCAGAGGAACUUGUAGUUUAUCCAGUCAUAAAUGGAACCCUGUCCAAUCCUGUGUACUUGAAAUAUAUAAAGCACUACUCUAAUUCAUGUUGGUCGGUCAAUUCUCUAAGCAUAACUCCAAAUGUUUCUAUGGAUCAAACAGUCUGCAUCCCUGCGUCUCGUGGUCAGGGCACAUCCUCUAGCUUGUCCACUUUGCAUCCAAAACACGAUGAGCAUAUGCAGUAUUCCGUUGCCCAGCAAACUGGCACACUUGGUGCUCAUUCUUGUGGAUCUCAAAAUCUGAAUACUGGAAGUACAAAACAUGCAAUGUCAAGUCUUUCAGCGUUGAUCUCAAGUGAGGAGUCAAAUUGGAUGUUUGAAGACGAGGAAGGUAGAAAACAUGGACCUCAUUCCUUCGCAGAACUUUAUUAUUGGCAUAACAGUAGCUAUCUUCAUGAUUCAUUGAUGAUACACCACAUAGAUAGCAAGUGUGGUCCAUUUACACUUUUAACUUUAGUCGAAGAGUGGUGCAGAAUUCAAAAUGGUUUUGAAGCAGAUGCGAACGACAGUAGUUCUGGUUCAUUAAGUAGAUUUGUAUCUGAGAUAUCGGAAGACGUAUCGGUUGAGCUGCAUUCUGUGAUUUUGAAAGCAGCUCGUCGUGUUUUUAUAGAUGAAAUAAUUAGCGCCAUUAUUCCAGAGUUUUCUGCUUCCAGGAAGACUCGGAAACUUCGCAGAAUAGAAUCAGCUGGCAAGGAUGUCCAGCAUUCUAGUCUUGCUGAGCAAAAGUCCAAAACCAUUGUUGAAAAUAAGCCUUCUGCAGUUCGUGGCAGACAUACCGAUCCUUUGCUAGUGAAGAAUGAACAAAAAAUGCCUUCCAUCACUCCUGCAGAUUGUCCUAAUGAUGAUUUGUCUAUAGUCACCAUUAAUAAUUUUUCUGAGUUACUAUUAGAGGUGUACAAAACAUUUUACUAUGAUAGCAUGAAAGACCUGUGGAGCACUGUCUUGUCUGAAGCUGUUUCCGACUACUGCACAAUGUGGCGGAAAAGACAACGAUCGUUUAAUCAUUCUGUUUUGCCUGCCAGAUGUAUUUCUAUUGAUGGUGAUGCCAGAAAUAUUGAUGGUUUCCACAAAAGCACUACAGAAGCAGCUGACAUUGUUUAUUCUAUUCCACACACAUCCAACAACGAAACGGAAUUUCCCCCGGGAUUUGGGCCUGACAAUAGAGAUGUAGAUAUUUUGACUUGCUUUCCAUCUGACAACUCACAUUCUGAAGCUGUCCAGACAAAACAAAUUGAUCUUCAUCUUAAUAAUUUGUUUGCCAUCAUCCUGAAGGAAGUUCAAGGAGAACUAGAGAGUGAACUCUAUGUAUCAGCAAAGAAAUCCUUGUUGGAGUAUUAUGAAGAUGUAUUAAAGGAGGAGUUGACAAAAAUGCUUUGUCUUGAAGCAGAAACUAAAAUUAAUAAGGCGAGCAUUAAUGAAGAUGUCAUGAUUAGUUCGGUGCAUGAAUUCACAAUUGGUGAACAGGUUGUUUUUGAGGCUGAACACGUGGAUCAAAUGGAGGUAAAAGAUGAUCCGAGCACAUCUCAUUGUCUAUUUGAUUUUUGUAAUUCUGUUGAUGUUGCUGCUGAUUUGGCAGAAUCAACUGAAACACAGAGUUCUCUGUCUACACAGUUUGCAAAAGCUUUUGAAAGAAUGGGUCCUCCCAUGGCAGAUAUGUUGGAGGAUGAGAUUGAUGAUGAGUUAACGCCUCCUGGAGUGGAAGCCAAUGCUACAACUGCAUCAUCAACUAUGUUUAAGUGCAAAAUCCGGCCAUCAAGACUCAAUGAAGAUAUAACUGUAAUUGUCAAAUUUGUUGCUUUGGCUAUUUGCAGGCAGAAGCUUCAUGAUGAAUUUCUUAAAGAGUGGAGAUCUUCCCACCUUGUUAGUUUUCUUCAUGAAAGUUUUACUUCAUGCGGCUAUUUCAGAAGACAUGAAGUGGAUACUCAGAAUGGCUGCAAGCCACCAGAGGAGACAGACAUGCUGAGCGAAAGUUUGCAGCAGAUUUCAAGUUCAAGGCCAUCUGGUGUUUCCUUGAAUGGGAAGCUGACAUACUUUAGAAAGAGAAAACACAGCAAACCAACAUCUGGACCAUUUCCUGAGAGCUUUGAAUUGAUUAAAAAAAUGGGCGACAUCUCCAUGAAUCAGGUGCCACAUGUAGGAACUGAUUCACCUUGGCCACAACGUGAUGAUAUGGAUUCUGCAUUGAAGGAGUUAGAUGCAGAUGUGAUUGAUUCUUUAUCGUUACCUGCCAUGAAUCAAAAUAAUUUGCAUGAUGGUUGCAGUUUAACUAGGAGAAAGCCACAUAAAUUGAGGAAGAUUGCCCGUGAAAUUCAGAAUGAUGAGCAAAUUUUAAUUGAUGAUAUUAAACACAAUUUGGAACAAUUUUCAGCUUCUAAGGAUGAUUCAGAUAAAGUCAAGAAGAUUGGAAAUUCUAGUUAUAUACAUAUAGAUUUUGAGAAGCCCGAAGCCCUUUCUUCUGGCAUCUCCCACUCAAAAGCCUACUUGAGUUUGAAAAGGAAAGCAGAUGAUCGGUCAGCUCUCCCUCCUAAGGUGCCAAAACUUUCAAAGAAGAUUAAGGUUAAAAAAGGAACCAAGAAGGGGGCAUCCAGGCUGAUAGUUAAACCUUCAAGGCUAGUUGUUCCAUGCCCUAAGACCGAUGGCUGUGCUCGCUCUUCUAUCAAUGGAUGGGACUGGCGUCAAUGGUCACGAAACGCUUCAGAGAGGGCCCGUUUGAGAGGAAACCGUGAUGUUAUUCCUCGUGCCUUUUACCCUGAUGCUAAUGGAAAUCAAAAUCCUAAUAGUAAAGGUCCUUCAGCAAGAACAAACAGGGUCAAGUUGCGCAAUCUCUUAGCGGCUGCUGAAGGUGCUGAAAUUCUAAAAGUCACCCAAUUAAAGGCACGGAAGAAGCAUUUACGUUUUCAAAGAAGCAAGAUACAUGAUUGGGGGCUUGUUGCGCUUGAGCCAAUUGAGGCAGAAGAUUUUGUGAUCGAGUAUGUUGGAGAAUUAAUUCGUCGUCGGAUAUCUGACAUACGGGAGCUUCGAUAUGAAAAGAUGGGUAUAGGCAGCAGUUACCUAUUCAGACUGGAUGAUGGUUAUGUGGUUGAUGCUACCAGGCGUGGAGGAUUGGCAAGGUUUAUUAAUCAUUCAUGCGAGCCAAAUUGUUACACUAAGGUGAUAACUGUUGAUGGCCAAAAGAAGAUCUUUAUUUAUGCAAAGCGGCAUAUAUUUACUGGUGAAGAGCUUACGUACAACUACAAAUUUCCAUUGGAAGAGCAAAAGAUACCCUGCAAUUGUGGUUCCAAAAGGUGCCGGGGAUCAAUGAACUAGAAAAAGCAUGAUCUGCUGUUCAAUGUUCGUAUCCCUUUGCAACAGUUGAGGAGAAUGCAUGGGGUUGGUCGUAAUUAAUUUUUAAGGAUGCUGUAAACCUACCUGACAAGUGUUGAAAAGUUGCAUAUUACUUGAAGGUUUUGUUUUGAAGUUGGCAUCCUUGAAGGAUAUCCUUUGAAGCUAGCAUCCUUUGGGAUUUAUUUUGAAGGCCAUCUUAAGAAGCUCCUGCACAAUUUUGGAUCAUUGUUGUCAUGUUCUAUUAACUCCAGUAGGUAACUAUCAUCACGGAAAAGCGGAUGGUUCUCUCUCAUCAUGCUGCUGCCCACUGUUGAUGAUGUCUCGUUUAGCUGAUGACAGUUCUUUCACAAGGUCAACGGUCUGUCUUUUUUAUGUUUGGGGCUGUUAGUUACUUGAAAAUAUUUGUACAAACUGACACGGAAUUACUCCAUUAAUUUAAUAUUUAGGUGGUAAACCGCCUUUUUUUCUCUGGCUUAUCUUGGCCUUUUUUUAAUAAAU